AUGACACAAGCGACCUCGAGGACACCAACGUUUAUCCAGCUGACUUCUAACAAUGGGCCGCUAGCCCAGAUUUGGUUGGCUUCCAAUAUGUCGCAUACGGUUUCGAAGAGCGUAUCUCAGCAGACAGAUAUUGUCAAGUCAGUCAAAGAGAUAGCGCGCGUCGCUGGGUGCUUGGAAGAUGCUGAGAGUCUUGAGCCUAUUACUCUGCGCGCAUCAGGCGAACUUCUGCAUGGUGUGGUCCGGGUUUACUCAAAAAAAACGUCCUUGCUACUGAAUGACAUCAAGGACACAUUAACCAGAAUGAUGUCGCUAUUCAGGUUCAAUCAACCUUCAUUGACCUUGCAGCUCGAAAAAACGACCCUUACAAAUCCCAGCCAAUAUCUACUACAAGAUGCUGUGACCGAGCGGGAAGUGUUGCUUGUGCCAGGUCUUGAGUUUUUAGACGAGCAAGCAAUUCCAAGGGGGUUCAUGGAACGCGAGGGACUCACGGAACGGCAUGUACAAGGCGCUGCUCCGUGGGAAACUUCCAUAGAAGUGGGCAGAAAUUUAAGGCCGGGUGAAGAACUCGGUCACAACACUUCAUCACUUGAACUAGACUUUGAUCUAGAUAACACGCAAACAAAAGCUUGGGGCGAGGGUACCAAUACGACCAUCAACAAAUCUGCACAAACUAAUAGUGCUCUAAUUGGAGACGACGAUUUCCCUAUUGACGAUAUUAACGAUUGGGACCUCGGGAUUAGAGAUCAGUCAAUCGAAGCUCACAGUGACCUUGAAACAGAUAGGUCUAUUGAAUUAGGGCGAAGAGCUGUCCCUGGCGCAUUACCGCAGGAACACACAGAGUUCGAUUUCGAUUUGGAGCUGGAAAAGGAGCCUGAGGAAAGGGGUACUGAGCUCAGCCCAGAGCCCGAGGAGAUUUCGAAUGUUCCAAUGUCGUCGCCUCCUAGAGGUAGAAGACAACGUGCUGAUGCAUCUAGGUUGAAGCCGCUUAUCACAGAUUCAGAAACAGAGCUUAGAGAUGACACUGUGAAAGUAUCAGGGGUCAAUCCAAACUCUCAAGUUUUAGUUCAUCACCAGCAUCGCCCAGUUGAAAACGCAGAAAAAAAGAGGCUCUGGGCCCAGGUAUCUGAGAGUAUUGAUUACUUACCACAGUCUAUACUGGGUAGUCUACUGUCUUAUUCAGGAAUCAAGAGAGCUAGGACAUUCAUGAGAGAGCCUCAAGCUAUCGAAGAAGAACCUCAGCUUGAAGCCUCUCUUGGUUUCGAUGAAGAAAUAAUAACAGGGCAUGAAGAAGCGGAGGAAUUUCCUGCCCCUUUUGAUAGCGACGGAGAGGUUGAGCUGGAAAACGAAGCAGCAAAUAGCACCAGCGUCUCUGCUGGUACUCAGGAGUUCUCAAGCUCUCAACUUGGAGAGAGAUCAUCUCCCAAAAUACAACUUGAAACGGGAGAGUACAUUUCAGAAGGGACCCGCGAAUUAGCUGGGCAGCUCAGAACCCAGUUUCUGGACUCAGAGACUUUGAAGUUCUCCGAAUGUCUGGAAUUCAAAGCUGAUAAAGAUCAGCUAGGAGAACGCAUUACAAAGAAACAAGCUAGUAAGGUCUUCUUUGAACUUUUGUCGCUGGCAAACAUGGACUGCAUUGAUUUGGGUCAGGAAGCGGAUUUCGGUGAAAUUAGCCUGACAAGAACGGACUCUUUAUAUAACAAAUUUGUAGCAGUAUAG